AUGGAAGAGCAGAGUCACGAAAGCAGUGCACUGCGAGACCGGCAGUACCUGUCGAGCAAACGCAGCAACAGCCUAGUUCCGAGCAGUUGGAAGUGCAUGUUCCACAGACGACAAUUUGACAACCGUUUUUUGAAGAAUGGGUUUGUCGUGCUGAUGAUCCUUUGUCUGAUCCCGGUGUUGCAGUGGAUCAGCGAUCGGAGCCGCAGGACAGUCCAACGACACUGCCCCUCGCGGUUGAAUGGUACCUCCUUCCUGAUGCAGCCCGCCAGCCGAUGUGACAACAGCGCCCCCUUCCUCGUCCUGCUGGUAACCAGCUCCCCCGGUGAGUUCGAGGCGCGCUCGGCCAUCCGCCAGACCUGGGGGAGCAAGCGACGAGUCGGCGGAGCAAGGUCAGUCGCCUAUUUCCUGUUGGGACACGGACGGGAGCGGCAGGACUGGAUCCGGCGGGAGGGCGCGCUGCACGGGGACAUCAUCCAGGGAGAUUUCGAGGACACGUACUACAACCUGACCCUCAAGGUACUGCUGGGUCUGGAGUGGCUCUGCUGCUCCUGUCCCUCCGCCUCCUUCGUGAUGAAGACCGAUAGCGACAUAUUCGUCAACACGGACUAUCUGAUGGAGUUGCUCACCCGGGACCCACGCAGGAACCUUGCCACUGGGUUAAUUGUGAAAAACCCCAGACCCACCCGUUAUAAAGCCAGCAAGUUUUACGUCAGCAAGGAGGAGUACCCUCGGAAAAUGUACCCAACUUACUGUUCCGGCAUCGGGUACGUCCUCUCCACUGACCUAGCCUGCCGUGUGUGGAAAGUCUCCGAGAGCGUUCCCAUGUUAAAAUUCGAGGAUGUUUACGUGGGGCUUUGCCUGGCGCAGCUGAAGGUAGAACCGGUGAAGAUCCACUCCAGACCCAUCUUCUACGGCCACCGGGUACAGUUCUCCAUCUGCUCCUACCGGCAGCUCGUCACCUCUCACCACAUCAGACCCGCCGAGCAGUUGCUCUACUGGAGAGGGCUGCAGGUCUCGGCCGAUGAGAAAUGUCCGGGGACGCGUGACGGAAUCCAAUUUACCCAUUUCGACGCAUCAGAGGGCGGGCGGACUUUCUUCAGUACGGAGAGUGUGGGGAAAUGGGGGAGAUCGAGUGACAGGACAGGAAAGAGAAGCUGGAGGCGAUCGAAGCGGAUCGCGGACUACCAAAGGGAUGUGAAUCUUGGAAAGGAAAACAAGAGAAAUGCCGAUGAAGAGAACGGGGUGUGGGCGCGGGGAUAA